AUGAAUGGCACCAACUACCCCAGCUGGUAUAAAGAUGUUCAGGUGGCCAUUGCUGUGUGCGAGUAUGAUCUCGCAUUACGUCAAGACAAGCCAGCAGAUCCCGCUAAUCCCAAUGGUGAUCGUACUGCCAUUGAGAAGUGGGAGAGAUCAGACAGGAUGGCCAACAUGAUCAUUAAGAACACGAUCACUCCGGCCAUCUGUGGUGCUAUUCCUGAUAAGGACAAGGAUGGUAAUGAUCUUAGCGCCAAGGCAUACCUUGCCAAGGUGGAGGAGAACUUUAAGAGUUCUUCCAAGACUUAUGCUAGCACCCUGAUCAUGAAGAUGCUGACUUCACAGUAUGAUGGGCAAAGUGGAAUCAGGGGGCACAUUAUGAGCAUGUGUGACAUGGCAAAUAAGCUGAAGACACUGGAUAUGGCUAUCUCUGAUGGUUUUCUGGUGCACUUCAUCAUGACUUCUCUGCCAGUACAGUACAGUCCCUUCAAAAUAAGCUACAACACUCAGAAGGCGACUUGGAGCAUGGCUGAGCUCAUUAGCUACUGUGUUGAGGAAGAAGAAAGGCAGAAAGCUGAGAGGAUGAAGGAUGCUGUCAACAUGGUCAGCGAGCGCUUUGGGCGUCAGCAGGCAGCAUAA